AAUCUAGUGAAGAGCGAACAAGGGUCCGCGAGCCGCACCCUCCUCACCUGCGCAGCAGCGGGUUCGAACUGCAUUAACUGCUACUUAGGACUCGCUCGUCCAAGGCGCCUCAUCUUCGCGGGGCUUUUACCCAUGUACCCAGCAGGGUAAGUGCCUCGAUCGAGGGUACUAUAGCACGAGGGGGGGAUUCGAACCGGCUCCUUGUCACUGACUCCUCGCCGUUGCCCAGCAACCAGGACGCCGCCAUGCACCUGCUGCACUGCGGCACCGGAAGCGAACGGAAGCGCACGAGCCGGCCGGCCGCCCCCCACGCCCUUCCACCCCCUCCCAUUCCCUUCCCAUCCCCGCGCGCCGCUUCGGCCGCUGCGGGUUGCUGUGGCUCCGCGUUGAACGUGCACUGCGCAGCCGCGCGGCCGAUCGGAUCGAAACGGGACGGAACGGGGACGCGCACAAACAGUGGAGUCUGCGAUGGAGGGAGAGGCGCGGGAGCGGGAGCAGAGGGAGGGAGGAGCGCGGAGAGCCGCGGCCUGAGCGCCAGGAGAGCCGAGGAGGAGCAUCCCGACAGGGAACUGGCGUGGAGGACGAGCGCUCAUCGCUGCGCGCUCCGUCGGCGACUCAAGCGACCGAGAUGAGUCGCUUCUGCUCGCUCAACAACAACUUCCCCUACGACAACAACAUCCUGGUCCUGGACAUGGUGCUGAGCUCUUUGUGGGGAGUCCCUCAGCCCAUCGACUGGGAGAACGUCGCCCACCUCGUCCCAGGGUUCACGCCUAAAGAGUGUGCCAGAAGGUUCGAGGAGCUCAAGGCCACCGGCGGUUUCCAUCCUGUGGACGACCAGUGCAAUGCCCUGACCGCAGGGAGUGCCGUUUCCCCCGACACCCUCACUAGCUGCGUCAAGGAGCUCCUGGAACCCAGAGCAGAGCUGGGCGAGACCCGGCUCAUCCAGAGCCUCAAACCUGUGACCGGUCUGACCGUUCCAGGCUCUGCCAGAGGGGGAGGGGGAGACGAGAGUGACGCCGGCGCUGGGGACAUAGGACAGGUGGACGAAGGCAAAGGGCCAAACAUGGUCAUCCACGUGUGCGACGAGGCGAAGGGUGUGAGGCAGGACUUUGUGUGUCCGCGCAACCUCCUCGUCAGCGAGAUGAAGUACUUUGCCGAGUACCUGUCCACGGACGCGCAGCGCUGGGACGAGGUGGACAUCUCGGUCCACUGCGACGUUCACAUCUUCGACUGGCUCAUGAACUACGUGAGGAGGCACGCGGGUGACGGCGACGGCGGCGGCGGAGGCAGACCGAAGCUAGAACCCAGCAAUGUGAUCUCAAUCCUGAUCUCCUCCGAGUUCUUGAAGAUGGAGACUUUAGUGGAAGAGUGUGUGCGGUACUGUCACGCUCACAUGAGCGCCAUCCUAGCCACGCCCUGCAAUAUGAGCUGCAUCAACAGCAACCUGGCGACGCGCAUCGCCGACCUCUUCACCCACAGCGAGGCAGACGGCAUCAAGGACAAGAAGGACAAAUUCAAAAGCAAACUGUUUCAGAAGAAAAUUGAGAGACUCUUCGACCCCGCCUACGAGAAUCCCGACUCGCUGGGCAGCGCGUGCACCUUGUACAGGUGCAGCUUGUGCAGCAAACUUUUGACCAAAGAGACGGAGAGAAGGAUUCCCUGCGUUCCGGGGAAGAUCAACAUCGAUCCUCGUGGGAACAUCGUGUACAGUCACGCCAGGCAGAGGAGCUGGGAUGUCCAUGAGCACCUGAGCAGCCUGCAUGAGGAGCUUCAGUCCUGGGCGCUCGUCUACUGGAGGCUCUGGGGAACCGUGAACUUCCUCACCUGCUCCAGCUGCAAACAGGUGUUCCUGUGCACGGAGCUGUCGCGGUGCAGGUACCACCCCGAGGCUGCGAUCUACCCCUCCCUGCCCACGGAGCAGGGCUGCAGCGGGACGGGCGUCUACCCCUGCUGCCACCAGAGGGCGCUGCGCUUUGACCCCGCCUGCCUGCCCAAGGGCUGCAGACUGAGGGACCACACCGUGGGGGUCCCAGAGGGCAAUGCCAGUAGUGCCCCCCCGCUCAGCCCAGCUCAGGCCCAAGUACUGAAAGACCUGCUGCAGCACAGAGAUGCCGUCUGUGUGUCCACCCCCUCGCCCCCCCACAGCGCAGAAGAGACGUCCUCUGCAGGGGAGCGGUCCUUCGACUGUGACGUCCAGCUGGAGCCGAGGCUCCCGGGGGCCCCCAAAGCGGGCGAGAUCACAGCGUUUUCUUUGCUGAAGAACUGGGGACUACAGCUGAGGCAGCAGUCCCUGCUCUCGGAGGACGAGGAAUACACCACCGGCUCCGAGGUCACCGAGGACGAGGUCGGCGAUGAAGAGGAGGUGUCUAAGAAGCAAGGUGUGAAGAAAGCCAAGAGAUCCAGCAAACCCCUGAAGAGACAGGUGUCCUCCCCCAGUUUCCAGCGCAAGGAGAGGACAUCGGAGAAGGCUCCCUGUCGGGACACAACUGCUUUCACAGUGAGCGCUACCAAGAGCAAGUGGGACAGCAGCCGCUCCAUGCGGUUCAACCAGGACGCCCAGCGAGAGGAAGAUCAGCGAAGGAUGGCUGAAAUCAUCGGGCAUCUCUCCAAGAUGAGGUAUGGAGACCUGGAACAGAGCAGAUCGAAGGAAAUGAAAGAGCACACCGGGGGGAUCUACUCCAGACUGGAGGCCCAGGUGAAGCUGUCCUCGCAGGCCGGCCCCCGACACUCGAGCUCCGAGAAGAACCUCAGAGCAAAGGUGCGUUUGGGGCAGGGAAGACCCACCUAGAGGGACAAGAGAGCCCCUCUCAGAUCCCAAGAUCUGCCCAGACGGGUGCCCUGGUGUCCUGCCUCUCCCGCCAGAAGCUCUCUCCCUCAGGGCCGCCUUCCAGGGCCGACCCCUGACCUCAGGUCCCACCUCCAGCUUUAGCCCACGUGGGGCCGGUCUCUGACGCACUCAGGUGACUCUUCCCGACCUGCUGCGCCCUCCCUCUGCUCCCCGCUGCGCUGCAGGAGAUUCCACCGGAUCGGCGACGGGACUGGGACGCUGCUGUCUGCCUGGCGACGUUGUGAGGAGCGCACAACCCACAACCCCGACGGGGGUAGCGGGGGGGAGCCUGCUGCUGACGCCAUGACGACUCGCUCCUUACUUCACGAUCAAAACGUUCCGUUGAUUUUCAUCGUCUCCGCCGUCUCGGUGAUGUUGGACUCCCUUCUCCGGGCCCCUUGGGGGUGUGACCUUGUUCCCAACUGUCCGCUGCUCUGUGGCACCACCCCCUUUGUUGCAGUAAAGAUGCCAUGAACUUAGAUUGCACUAAACAACAUGAAUAAAAAUAACACGUUACAACAGG